AUGGGUAAGAUUAUGAAGCCAGGGAAGGUCGUGCUGGUCCUUAGUGGCCGAUAUGCAGGCCGGAAAGCUAUCGUGGUGAAGAACUACGAUGAGGGUACUGCCGAAAAGCCUUACGGUCACGCUUUCGUUGCCGGCAUUGACAGAUAUCCACGCAAAGUUCACAAGAGGAUGGGCAAAAACAAAAUACACAAACGCUCCAAGAUAAAGCCUUUCGUCAAGGUUGUAAACUACAAUCACCUAAUGCCAACCCGGUAUUCAGUAGACUUCAGCUUUGAAAAGUUCAGCGCCAAGGACCUGAAGGACCCGGCAAAGCGCAAGAAGCUCCGUUUCAACACACGCGUCCGAUUUGAGGAGAGAUACAAGAGUGGCAAGAACAAAUGGUUCUUCCAGAAGCUUAGGUUCUAA